UCCAUAGCUCUUCUUUAUGGGAAACGCAUCUCAUCUAAUGUUUAUCAACAUGGAGGCUCGGUUGGCAGAGUAUAGGGCUACGAAGGCAAAAGCUAAACAGAGCGAACAGUCACCUUUACAGUUAUUUAAAUUGUUUGUUCUGAAAUUUUUUAAGCCUAAAAAAACACAACAAGAUGAGCAAAUAAAAGAGAACAUACUCAAUGAAAAAGAUGUCAUAAUUACUCACAGAAAGAACUUUUCACAGUCAACAAUAGCUAAAGAAGAAACUAAUAGUGACCCAAUAGAUGGAACAGCAAUUAGCCAGCUGAAGCAAAAUAGAACAACUUUAGAUUGGAUAAUACUAGCAUCUAAAUUUUUAUUGUGGCUGGUACUGUGGGCUUUAUUCAUUGAGCUCCAGUUUGGUGCUGUUUUUUUUACAAUAUCUCUCAUCAUUUUUAUAUACUUCAAUACAAGGACAGGUCCCAAAGACAACAAGUUGAGUGCAUAUUCUGUUUUUAACAAAGAAUGUGAAAGAAUUCAUGGCACCUUGACAGCUGAACAGUUACAGAGGAAUAUCUUUAGUGUGCCUGGGCUCCCAGGGUAAAUAUUGUCAGACUCUGUCAAGAUAUACAUUGAUUUCUGGACUUAAAAUUUAUGAAUUUCAUUCAUCUGCUUUGUUGAUUACUCUAAUAUGGAGUCUAUAGACUCAUGUUGGCUGUGUUAUGGAAAGUUUUUUUAAACAAAAUAAUUUUGAUUGCUUAGAAACUCAUUGGUUGAGGGUUAGAACUUUGAAAGUAUAACUUAUACCAUCAAUGUCAAAAUGUGUUAUUUCUGCUCAUGCUUGUUUUAUAUGUUUCGGAUGUUCCUUCAGAGUUGAAGAUGAUUUACUUCCUAGUCCAAACCUCCCACAGGACGGCAGGGUUUGAACCCGGGACCAUUGAUAAAUCUGAACAACAGUCCAGCGUGCAUACUGCACAAUCAGGCAGCCAUACUAUACAUGAUAUAUUUUAUCCACACAACUCUGUUGGCUUGGAACUUAAUUUGCCCUCAUUCCAUCUCAAGAUAAUAAAUCAUCAAUUGCUGUGUUGCUUCUGUUGUGGUAACUAAGUGCUUAUUAAAACUGAGAAUUUCUUCACAUUCAGUUUAUUGAUGUUAAACAAUGCUGAAUUUCUUCUUCUGCCCAUUUCUUUCAGCUGCUGCUGUUAACUGAUAGGAAUUUUAGUUUCAUUUUGUUGUUUUAAUAUACUCUCAUUUAGCCUACUGAAAUAGCAGACAACAGCCAAGCUGCACUUUUCUGAAGUAAUGCUGAAAUAGCUCUUCUUACAUGAUCCUGCCCUCAUGUGUAUGAUGAAAAGGUCCUUGUGCUUUAGUAUACAUCACUCCAUGUCCUUCAGAGAUUCCUAUGCUCCAAAAACACUUCUACAUGUGCUGCACAUUCCCUCUUAACUUUCAACCUGAGGAAAUUUUCAGUACAGGUUCAAAGUUCAUCCAUUUUGAGACAUGCACCACUACAUUUAACAUUUUUUAGAUUUGUUUCCCUUUUUAGCUGUUUGAUUUUUUUUUCAAAGUGCCUUAGGUAUACAUCUUUGCUAAAGUAAAGAAAAAAUACCCCUUUCAAACUUGUGAUCUAUAGGGUUGAUGAUGUAAAGCUCAUCUGUUUCUGUUUGACAGCUAAUGAAAGUGUCAUGUCAUCAGCACAUUGACCACCUUUACUUUCCCUAAGCCUAAUUAAUGUCAGUUACCCAUUAGAGUUAGGUGGACUCACAGCUCUUCUUUAAAAUUCUGAAGCUGAAAAUCCCAGUCAUCAUCGAGAUUUGAACCUGAGUGCUUUACUACUCAGCAACCACACCCUUAUUCUUUGCUAAUGACCCUAUUGAAAUGGCAUUAUAAUGCUAAUAAUGAUCGAUAAGUCCAAGUUUCUUAUCUAUUUAUUAAAAGAAAGCACAAGAAAAACCAAA